UUUUGUGUACCGUAACCAAUGGUAACUAAACCCAGCUGUUCCUAAUCGCGCCUGCAGAGGAGGGAAGUUCAGCUGUUGGUAGUUAGAGGUCUAGGUUUAGUCAUACUGGUUAUCAUAAAAGAUAGCGACUCCAAAUAGGCAGAAUGGCACAUACUGGAGGAUCCGAGUCCAAACGUGAACAAUUUCGGAGAUAUCUCGAAAAGACUGGAGUCAUUGAUGGACUCACCAAUGUGCUGAUUGCUCUUUAUGAAGAGACAGAAAAACCAAAUAAUGCAUUGGACUUCAUUAAGAACCAUCUUGGCAGUGCCGGGGUAGAGUCGGCUGACACUGAAGCACUCCGCCUGGAGUUGACCGAUCUGCGGCACAAAUGCGAAAUGCUGACAGAGGAGAACAAAGAUCUCAAGAAUCGGCUUCUCCAAUAUGAGCCUGCCAAAGAGGAUGGAGGAACAGAAUGAUGUCCCAUUAUUGCCUCAGUCUUGUUCAAGGAGGACCGUAAAAGUAAAACAAACUACAAAAGUAAUAUAUUUCUGUUAACAAGGUUGUAUUUUUCAUUUGUGAUUUUUGUAAGACAUGUAAAAAGAAAUAUUUAGGUUUUUACUUAUUUAGGUUAUUACUUAGGUAACUCCUGUGAGUGAGCUUUUGUUAAGUUCAAUGCAUAUUUUCAAGCAUAAUGUUACAUAAAACAUACUCUUAUCAAGGAAAAUAAACCAAGCAUAAACAUGUAAAA